CCAGAGGUACUUAAACUUUGUAUUAUCUAUCCAGAACUCCUCUUGAAAGAUGGCUGAUGAACUAGCACGCGUACAGCAAUAUGAAUACCGUCAGAAUUCCAACUUGGUAUUACAAGUCGACUACAACCUCACCGACCGUCGUGGUCGGGAGGAACCUACCGGUGAAGUACUGCCACUCUCCGAUCGAGUUCUGAAAGGAAUGAAAAUGGGUGACAAGUACAUGCGCACAAAAGCCCCGAUUCAAGAGCAAAAGAAGAAAAGAAAGAGGAAGGCAGAUGAAGAAGAUUUUCGCAUCAUGUCUAAAUCUGUCAUUGGUGACAAUACUGAGCUUAUGGGUAGCUAUAAACCACGUACACAGGAGACAAAGCAGACUUAUGAAGUCAUCUUAGCGUUUAUACAAGAGGCUAUUGGUGACCAGCCCCGAGACAUUCUCUGUGGUGCUGCAGAUGAAGUUCUAGCAGUUUUGAAGUCAGAGAAAAUUCGCGAGAAGGAGAAGAAAAAGGAGGUUGAACUUCUUCUUGGAUCGUUAACGGAUGAGCGAACUGCUGUCCUUAUCAACUUAGCCAGAAAAAUCACAGACUUCUCCAUGGAAGAUGAGCACAAAAUGGAGACGGAUGAAUUGGAUGAAAACGAAGGCGUCAACGUGCAUUUCGACGAGUCAGACGAAGAACAAGACGCUGUCAUAGACGAAAUCAAAAAUGUCGACGAAAGCUCCAGUGAUGACGAAGGUGGAGAGGAAGCUGAACAUAAUGAGACGCUGCGCGGUGGUGCCUUUGAAGAUGAAGAAGAAGCGGCGAAAAAAGAUGCGCUUCAUCCUCGUGAUAUAGAUGCUCAUUGGAUUCAGCGAUCUCUCGCAAAAUUCUUCAAUGAUCCAAUCGUAGCGCAACAAAAAGUGACGGAAGUUCUUAGCAUCUUGAAGGAUUCCGCCGACGAUCGUGAAUGUGAAAAUAAGCUUGUUCUUCUAUUGGGAUUUGAUCAUUUCGACUUCAUCCGCAUUCUUCGUCAACAUCGAAACAUGGUUCUAUACUGCACAUUGCUGAAGCAAGCACAAGACGAAGAGAAAGUCAAGAUAGAAGAGGAAAUGAAGUCGCGUCCCGAACUGCAUCACAUCCUUGCCCAACUCCUCGAGACCGAUGAGACUGACAUUGUUGAGACGGAACGUGCUAAGCGAGAAAAGACAGCACAGAGGCGAGCUAUCGCUGCUGCAGGCGAAGAAGCAGUAGCCGCUGGACAAUGGCUAGCUGGCAGAAAAGUGCUUGAUUUAGAAGACUUGGCAUUCUCUCAAGGAAGUCAUUUGAUGAGCAACAAGAGAUGCGAACUGCCGGACGGUUCAUACAGAAAGCAGAAGAAAAGUUACGAAGAAAUCCAUGUUCCAGCUCUCAAGCCAAGACCGUUCGCUGAGGGCGAGAAGCUCAUUGACAUCGGUGAACUUCCAAAAUGGGCUCAGCCAGCAUUUGACGGAUUCAAAUCACUGAACAGAAUCCAAUCUCGCCUUUGCGAAAGCGCUCUGAACAGCGAUGAACACCUCUUACUUUGUGCACCUACUGGUGCCGGUAAGACCAAUGUCGCUUUGCUUACGAUUCUACAUGAGAUUGGAAAGCAUCUCAAUGAAGACGGCAGCGUAAAGAUUGAUGAAUUCAAGUGCAUCUAUAUAGCGCCAAUGAAAUCUCUUGUACAAGAAAUGGUCGGUAACUUCACGAAGAGACUGGCACCAUUUGGAAUCGCCGUUGGUGAAAUGACUGGUGAUGCACAAAUGAGCAAAGAACAAUUCAUGGCGACGCAAGUGAUUGUAUGUACCCCUGAAAAGUACGACAUCGUUUCCAGAAAAGGUGGAGAGAGGGCUUACAGUCAGCUUGUGCGACUUGUAAUAAUUGACGAAAUUCACUUGCUUCAUGAUGAUCGUGGACCUGUUCUCGAAGCCAUUGUUGUCAGAACCCUGCGACAAGUCGAGCAAACUCAUGAUGACUGUCGCCUUGUCGGCCUGUCUGCUACGCUUCCCAACUACCAGGAUGUUGCCACCUUCCUGCGUGUGAAGCCUGAUCACCUCUUUUACUUCGACAACAGCUACCGUCCCGUACCAUUGGAGCAACAGUACAUUGGUGUCACUGAAAAGAAGGCUCUGAAACGGUUCCAAGCAAUGAACGAGGUGGUCUACGAUAAGAUCAUGGAGCACGCUGGUAAAAGUCAGGUGCUUAUUUUUGUUCACUCCCGAAAAGAGACAGCCAAGACUGCCAAAGCAAUCCGUGAUGCCUGCUUAGAGAAGGACACUCUGAGUGCCUUUAUGAGGGAGGGAAGCGCGAGCACUGAAAUUCUAAGAACUGAAGCUGAGCAGGUCAAAAACUUUGAUCUGAAAGAUUUGCUUCCAUAUGGUUUUGCCAUCCAUCAUGCUGGAAUGAACAGGCUUGAUCGUACACUUGUGGAAGACUUGUUCGCGGAUAAGCACAUCCAGGUUCUUUUCUCCACUGCUACCCUGGCAUGGGGUGUGAACUUGCCAGCUCAUACUGUCAUAAUCAAAGGCACCCAAAUCUAUAACCCAGAAAAGGGUAGAUGGACCGAGCUUGGUGCUCUUGACGUCAUGCAGAUGCUUGGUCGAGCUGGUCGUCCACAGUAUGAUUCUAAGGGUAAAGGAAUCUUGAUCACUAACCAUUCCGAGCUGCAGUUUUAUCUCUCACUGAUGAAUCAGCAGCUACCCGUCGAAAGCCAAAUGAUAUCUCGUCUUCCUGAUAUGCUCAAUGCCGAAGUAGUGUUGGGUACGAUCAGUAGUGUAAGCGACGCAAUGUCUUGGCUCGGUUACACAUAUCUCUACAUCCGUAUGCUGAAAUCACCAACUUUAUACGGAAUACCAAUCGAUCAAGCGAAAGCCGAUCCCCUUCUCGAACAGCGACGAGCCGAUCUAAUUCACACAGCGUGUCUGCAGCUGGAUAAGGGCAAUCUUGUAAAAUACGACAAAAAGAGCGGGCUCAUCCAGGCAACAGAACUGGGACGCAUUGCCUCCCAUUACUACUGCACGUUCGAGUCUAUGCAAGUAUAUAAUCAACUACUGAAGCCGACUGCUACAGAAAUUGACUUGUUCCGCAUCUUCUCUUUGUCGAGUGAAUUCAAAAACAUCGCUGUGCGUGAAGAGGAAAAACUUGAGUUGCAAAAGCUUGCUGAGCAUGUUCCAAUCCCCAUCAAGGAAAGUUUGGAUGAAAGCAGUGCAAAGACAAAUGUGUUGCUGCAGGCUUACAUCUCCCAGCUGAAACUUGAUGGAUUUGCGCUGCAAUCCGACAUGGUCUUCAUUGCCCAGUCAGCUGGACGUCUUUUCCGUGCCCUCUAUGAGAUUGUUUUGUGGCGAGGAUGGGCUGCUUUAGCACUGAAGGUACUAAGCUUGUGCAAAAUGGUUACCGCUCGUCAAUGGCAAUCUCUCAAUCCUCUGCAUCAGUUCAAGAAAAUCCCAACGGAGAUUGUGCGAAGCAUUGAUAAGAGGAACUAUUCCUUUGAACGAUUAUAUGAUCUGGAUCAGCACCAACUUGGGGAACUCAUACGAAUGCCGAAAAUGGGCAAACCUUUGUACAAGUUUAUUAGACAGUUUCCAAAGCUGGAGAUGACAACACUCAUCCAACCGAUAACCAGAACCACUCUUCGCAUUGAGCUAACCAUCACGCCGGACUUCCAGUGGGAUGAGAAGGUUCAUGGCAGCGCUGAAGGUUUCUGGAUUUUCGUCGAGGAUGUAGAUGGCGAGCUUAUCCUCCAUCACGAGUUCUUCCUUUUGAAGCAGAAGUUCUGCACCGAAGAGCAUGUUGUAAAAAUGUUUGUUCCCGUGUUCGACCCUCUUCCACCGCUCUAUUUUGUCCGUGUCGUUUCGGACAGAUGGCUAGGCUCAGAAACGGUGCUUCCUAUCUCUUUCCGUCACCUUGUCCUGCCAGAAAAGUACCCACCACCUACCGAACUUCUCGAUUUGCAACCUUUGCCCAUAUCUGCGCUCAACAAUAAGCAAUUUGAGGCGGUGUUUCAGGCAAAGGAAAUUAAAAUAUUCAAUCCGAUACAGACACAAGUUUUCCGAACUGUCUAUGAAAGCAACGAUAACGUACUUAUCGCUGCUCCAAAUGGUUCUGGAAAGACUGCAUGUGCCGAAUUGGCUAUCCUUCGUCACUUUGAUAAUAGCCCAGAGGCAAAAUGUGUUUAUGUGACUCCUAUGGAGGAUAUGGCGUUAAAGGUCUACAAUGACUGGCAAGACCGCCUAGGAAGUGCAUUAGACCGCACCGUGGUGCUCUUGACUGGAGAACCAUCUACGGAUCUCAAGCUGCUACAACGUGGAAAACUGAUCAUUGCAACCCCUGAAAGAUGGGACAAUGUUUCGCGGCGAUGGAAGCAGCGAAAGAAUGUGCAGGCUGUCAAGCUCUUCGUUGUGGAUGACUUGCAUAUGAUUGGAGGAACCAUAGGGCCUGUCCUCGAAGUAAUUUGUUCGCGUAUGCGGUACAUGUCGGCUCAGCUUGAUACCACAGUGCGCAUUGUCGGCUUAUCGUCUUCACUGACCAAUGCUCGCGACAUCGGAGCUUGGCUUGGUUGCUCGGCAGCUGCAACGUUCAACUUCCUUCCGAAUACUCGGCCAGUACCUUUGGAGCUUUAUAUCCAGGGCUUCAAUCUUUCUCAUACCGCAUCUCGUCUUGCUGCUAUGGUCCGACCUGUUUAUCAGGCUAUCAGUCGUCAUGCUGGGAAACUCAAUCCCAAACCAGCUCUUGUAUUUGUUCCUGGUCGCCGACAGUCGCGAUCUACCGCUAUCGACAUGUUAACCAUGGCACAUGCAGAUGGAGCUCCGCAACGUUUCCUGCACAUCAGCGAAACAGACGAGACUUUUGUCAAGCUGUUGAAUUCGCUUCAGGAUCAAACGCUGAAAGAGACGCUUCUUUGCGGUGUCGGCUUCCUCCAUGAGGGUACUCAUGCCAAAGACUUCCAGAUUGUUGAACGAUUGUUUAUUAGUGGAGCGAUCCAGGUUUGCAUUGUACCACGUACGAUGUGCUAUCAAAUCACCAUGGCAGCAUACCUCGUGGUAAUCAUGGACACCCAGUUCUACAACGGAAAGUACCAUGUCUAUGAGGAUUACCCUAUUGGUGACGUUCUGCACAUGGUUGGACUUGCGAAUAGACCAGGAAGGGAUCCUGACGCGAAAUGUGUUCUGAUGUGUCAAUCUUCGAAGAAAGAUUUCUUCAAAAAGUUCCUGUACGAGCCUCUGCCUGUCGAAUCUCAUCUUGACCAUUGCCUCCACGACCAUUUCAAUGCUGAGAUUGUAACAAAGACUAUCGAGAACAAACAAGAUGCCAUCGAUUACCUGACGUGGACGUUCCUGUACCGUCGUAUGACUCAAAAUCCGAAUUACUACAAUUUGCAAGAGAUUUCACAUCGUCAUCUUUCCGAUGCACUUUCGGAGCUUGUAGAGAAUACAUUGAAGGAUUUAGAGAAUAGCAAAUGCAUUGCCAUCAAAGACGAUAUGGAUACAAUGCCUUUGAAUCUGGGAAUGAUUGCAGCUUACUAUUACAUCUCUUACACCACUAUAGAAUUGUUCUCAAUGUCGCUCCAAGCAAAGACCAAGCUAAGAGCUUUGAUUGAGAUCAUUGCCAAUGCUAGUGAAUUUGCCUCGAUACCCAUGCGACAUCGUGAAGAUAUGAUACUCAAACAACUUGCUGCUCGUCUCCCAGGGCAAUUGAAGAACCAGAAGUUCUCUGAUCCUCAUGUAAAGGUCAACUUGUUGAUACAUGCGCACCUCUCUCGUAUUCAGUUAUCAGCAGAGCUUAGUAAAGAUACCGAUAUGGUAGUAUUGAAAGCUAUCCGCCUUGUGCAAGCUUGUGUGGAUGUUUUGUCCAGUAAUGGAUGGUUGUCGCCAGCUAUACAUGCCAUGGAGCUGUCACAAAUGCUAACCCAGGCGAUGUACAGCAAUGAGUCGUACUUGAAACAGCUACCACAUUGUAACGCAGGACUUUUGGAAAGAGCAAAACAGAAGAAAGUGGAAUCUGUUUUCGAGCUUCUCGAGCUGGAUGACGACGUGAGGCGUGAUAUUUUGCGAAUGGAAGAUGUACAACUUGCUGAUGUUGCGAAGUUCUGUAACAAUUAUCCCUCAAUCGAAGUUGAGCAUGAAUUGGAGAACGAUUCCGUUAACGUUGGCGAUACUUUGUUAGUAAAUGUUACUAUGGAACGAGAAAAUCACGUCAACGGUUUGGCUCCACCAGUAGUAGCGCCGUUGUUCCCGCAAAAAAGGAAAGAAGAAGGAUGGUGGCUUGUUGUUGGCGAUCCGGCUGCAAAUGCUUUGUAUUCGAUCAAGAGAUUGACUAUCAAUGAAAAAGCAAAAAUGCAAUUGGAUUUCGUAGCGCAAUCUGCUGGUCGGUUCGAGUAUAAGUUAUAUUUCAUAUGUGAUUCCUACUUGGGAGCAGAUCAAGAAUUUGACUUCUCUGUCAAAGUUGAAGAUCACAGCAGAAGCAGAAAACGACGGAGGGAUGAUGACUAAGAUCUCAACGGUUUUUCUUCCGUUACCUCAUUCCUUUUAUGUGGGAAUGUUUGUUCACUGUGUACAGGUUGUUCUAAAUCGGGCUCUAUCCCCUAUACUUUUCAUCUGUUGUUGAGUGGUUGUAUGUCAUACCUUUAUUGAGUAGUUGUAUUUCUAAGUAAACCAUUAUAGAGAUUUUUUUUGGUAUUCUGCCACCC